UUCCCAAACGUAGGCUUAGUCUAAUGAAUCGUGUGCGCUUGCGCAAGCCUCUUUAUUUAUUGAGGAAGAUUCCCAAUUCCUUCUCUAGGCCCUCUCUCCGCAGCCUCAUUCGUCACCUGUGUCACCAACUACCGACGCAUCCAACAACAAACCUUAACUUAUAUAUACGCGUUGAUUCAUCAUACCCUUCUUACAGAUUUUUCUUUUACAGCGAAGAUGGAUUUUGAGCUGAGAAGGGCUGCAGAGAAGCUCCAAAAAGAGCAAAGAGAGAGGAAGGAGAAAGCCAGAUUGAAACUCGAAAGAGAGAGAAUAGCAAAAGCAGAAGCCAAAAUGCAAAGAGAGGCCAUUGAAGCUGCUCAGAGAUCUCGAAGGCUUGAUGCUAUUGAAGCCCAGCUCAAGGCUGAUGAGCAAAUGCAAGAAAAUUUAUUUGUUGGGAGAGGAAUAAUGUUUUCUCGUAUACUGGAAGCUGUAUCUUUUAACGGUAGUGGAGACAAGAUUAAAUUGCCUCCUUCCUGUUUCACAGAUUUGUCUGAUCAAGGUGCUUUCGACAAAGGACCAAUAUAUUUGCAAUUAUCAGUGAUUCAUCAAGAAAGUCCAUCUGAGACAAAGGCUAAUGACCCAAAGCAGCAGACAACCCACUCGGGUGUUCUUGAGUUCACUGCAGACGAAGGUUAUGUUGGGCUUCCUCCUCAUGUAUGGAAUAACCUGUUUCCUGUAGGUGCUCCAAAUGCUCCUCUAGUUGAGCUUCAUUAUGUCUGGCUGCCCAAAGGAACUUAUGCAAAGCUUCAACCUGAAGUUGUUGGCUUUUCAGACAUCCCCAAUCACAAGGCUGUGCUUGAAACAACGCUUCGGCAGCAUGCCACUCUUUCUCAAGGAGAUGUGAUCACUGUCAACCAUGGGAUACUAACAUACAAGUUGCGGGUUCUAGAGUUGAAACCUUCGUCUAGCGUCUCUGUCCUGGAAACAGAUAUUGAGGUUGAUGUAGUAGGUUCAGAUUCAGCUUCAGAGAGCACAAAUCAACAUAUCCUGAAGCCACUUACUUUAGGAAUGUCACUGUCAGGAAUGGUUGAAGAAGGGAACUAUGAUUAUUAUAAAUUUUCUAUUGAUGAUGAUACUUGGGAAAAAAUUGCUUCUGGGGAUGUCAGAGUUGAAGUAAAGAUAGAUGUUGAAACUGGUGGUGGUGAUACUGAUCUUUACAUGUCCAAACAUCCUCUCAUAUUUCCAACUCGACAUCAACAUGAAUGGUCUUCUCAUGAUGUGGGUUCAAAGAUUUUGAUCCUCAACUCUAAUGAUAAGAACUUGGGAGUGGAUACUUACAGCAUUGGUGUAUAUGGUUUCAAGGCAACAACAAAAUACAAGCUAUUGGUUAGCGUUGAAGGUAAUAAUAAUUUUAAGAUAGGUCAACAAACUGGAUCUUCCUCAUCUGUGGAGAUUGAUACUGUAGAGUGUAGGAAUUGCAAGCAUUUUAUACCCUCUAGAAGUAUAGCACUGCAUGAAGCAUAUUGUAGCAGACAUAAUGUUGUUUGUCAGCAUGCUGGUUGUGGAAUUGUGCUGAGGAUUGAGGAGGCCCAAAACCACGUGCAUUGUGAGAAAUGUGGGCAAGCUUCUCAUAGGGGAGAAAUAGAGAAGCACAUGAAAGUUUUCCAUGAACCACUGCAGUGUCCCUGUGGAGUAGUCCUUGAGAAGGAACUGAUGGUACAACACCAGGCUUCAGCUUGUCCCCUACGCCUCAUUACAUGCCGAUUUUGCGGCGAUAUGGUUCAAGCUGGGAGUUCAGCUAUGGAUGUGAGGGACAGAUUAAGAGGAUUAUCUGAGCACGAGAGUAUUUGCGGGUCAAGAACAGCCCCAUGCGACUCUUGCGGACGAUCCAUCAUGUUGAAGGAGAUGGAUAUCCACCAAAUUGCCGUUCAUCCAAAAAGUUAAAUGAGAAGAACGAAGCUUUGAGGCACAACUGCACGAGGGGCUGGCUAUGUGAUCAUGUAGCGUGGAAGCAUGAUCUAGCAAAUCCAAUUUUUACCCGAGUUGGACCUUGUUGCUCUAUAGGUGUUUUGAUUAAUUAUAUGUGUUUACAAUCGACUCUUGUCCUUUGUGAAAAGGGGUGACAUAAAAAGAAAGGGAAAGAAAAAACUGUUGUAUCAUUUGAUUGUUUAAUAUCGGGUGUGUAGCUUUUCAUCAUUGCUUGGGGUACCUGGUUUAUUAUUAUUAAAUUUUGUAAAUUUUUUAAUAAAGAAGAUUGAUGUCCCUGCUAAAACAUUGGUGUUCAUAUUAUCGAAUGGCAGUGGUCUUUUUCAUGUAA